AAAAAAAAUGACGGACGUAGCUGAGCAAAAGAAAAAGCGAACUUUUCGUAAAUUCGUUUAUCGUGGCGUUGAUUUGGAGCAACUUUUGGAAAUGAAUGAUCAGCAAUUCAAUAAAUUGCUUCCUUGUCGUCAACGACGCAAAAUGAAUCGUGGAUUGAACCGUAAACACAAAUCUUUGCUUGUUCGUCUUCGUAAGGCAAAAUUGAAUGCUCCGGAGUUGACCAAGCCAGAAUGUGUGAAGACUCAUUUACGUGAUAUGAUUGUUUUGCCUGAGAUGGUUGGGUGUGUUUUGGGUAUUCACAGUGGAAAAGCUUAUAAUCAAGUUGAAAUCCGUGCAGAAAUGAUUGGCCAUUAUUUGGGUGAAUUUUCGAUUACUUAUAAGCCUGUCAAGCACGGUCGUCCUGGUAUUGGAGCUACACACAGUUCCCGAUUUAUUCCGUUGAAGUAA